AUUAUUCAAGUACUCUUUGCCAACUUACACAGCUGAAAGUGAACACUUUUUUCGUAGCUGUUCUUACCAACCUCAUCGCAUUCGCCAUUCUUUCGAUCCUAACCAGCCUCGUAACCCCAACUGAGGUAGCAAAUAAAAUGGAUGAUGCUCCACCGCCGUCGAAGAAGAGCACCACACUCUCCGUGGACCGCGCUGCUUUCCUGCUGCUGCGUGUUAAGAAGGCAUUCAAGAAGAAACGACAGCAGCGCAAGGAAAAACAGACGCAUGCAGCAAAUGCGGCCUUGAUAUCACAAACGCACAUGGGUCGGAAAGUGCCACCCCCUCUGCUACGCUCUCGCACUUUGCCAGCUAUUAUUAUGCCCGGCAUUCCGGUUGUCUCGGUUAAUACGGACCAGCAAUUUGACGAGCGCAGUAGUGGCCUCUUGGGCACCAAGUCUGGCAGCGGCACCAGUACCGGCGGUGGUGGCACCAAUCGUUGGUCUCUACUCACCCGCCAAACACCCACCACACCUGGCUACACCACCACCAACAAUAACAAUAAUGUGGUGAAUGUAAAAUCAUUGAAUUUACCAAAAGACGACAUGGGCGUAUACCGUCGCAAAUCUUCCGGUAGCACUACCACCCAUACAAGCACUAGCAUCAGCAAUAGCGGCACACCCAUUGUUGGUUCUCAAGUAGCCGACGCGGCCCUGUUGAUGCCCACAUGCGAGGAUUUCGAAUGCCAAGCAGCGGAUGGAUCAGUUUUACUCAGGAUACCUGCACCGCACGUUGUGGCCGCGCGCGCCUACCGCUUGGCGUCAAAGAAACGCAGUACUGGUAACACCACCCACGAUAGCCAACAAAAACAACAUCACCCGCAGAGCAGCAGCAAUACAUCGAGCGCUAUGGUUACGACCGCAACUGCCAGCGGUGCUGAAGCACAGCAUCCCUCAACACCUGAUGGCGGCGAUACAGGUGGCACCACAACCAAUACAGCAUUGACACGACGUCUGGCCAAAUUGCUUCAUCAGUCGAGUAUGUCUGCCUCGAGGCUAACAGCAGCCGCUUCCCCGCAUGGUGAUAGCGCCGCUACAGCCACCAACACAAACAAUUUGCUGCCAAUUAUGCCAGCAGCUGCGUCUAGAGACGGUGGUAGCUCGGACGGCGGUGGUAGCUGUUUGGAUGAGGCACCACGUCGACUUUCGUGGGAGAG